ACAACAGCUGAGAAUAUUAAUAUUUAAGUGAAAUUUUGUAAAUUAGCGUGCGGAAUAUUUCUUUUAGUAAUUUUUCAAUAAAAAACUUAAGAUCCUAGUAAGUAAAAUAAAAUGUCUGGACACUUCAGACCUCCUACAUCUGCCCAUGUAUUGCGCAAACUAAAACAAAUUACCCUGCCCAAGGAAAACGCGGUCUAUAUGACCAAUCGCAAUCCACGCAAUUUGGAAAAAUUACGUAUUGGUUAUAAACCUGACGGCUACCACUUAGAAAAGCCUGGACGCUCUUUCUGGCAUAAACUGGAAGUAAACAUAAGUGGACGUUAUGUUAGUGCAGAGGUAAAACAUUUCGAAAAUGGCCCAGUGAUUAGUGCUUCUACUGCAGAAUGGGCCAUCAAAAAGCAAUUGUUUAAAACCAAAGAUACAGCCGCCUUUGUAAACUUGGCUAGAGUGUUAGCCAAUCGUUGUCAACAAUCGGGCAUAACAGAAAUGUUAUGUACCAUAGAAGCAGUGCCGGGAGGCAAAUUGCAUAAAUUUCUAAAAACUGUUGAGGAAAAUGGUGUUGUACUAAGGGAAGCCCCCCGUUAUGUCCACCCUAAACCAUGGGAUGCUGAAAGACCCGAAAAACCAUGGGAAAUAUUGGAGGAAGAUUUAAAAACUCCUGCCAGUAAAUAGUUUAAUGUAUAGUAAUAGAACACUUAAACAUAGUUUUUGUUUUAAUAAAUUCUUUCAAAAUUUA